GCAAAUUGGCUGCCAGGGGUGCAGGAGGGGCAGGUGGUGCGGGCUGUCCAGGAAACUUACCUGGACGGGAAGCGCGCCCAGGAGGGAGCGGGGCCCCCUGAGGGGCAUAGAAUCCGGAGGCGCCGGCGGCGGAGGAGGUGGUAAACCCACAGGCCGGCUGCCCAGCACCAGGAUCGCUCCAGGGCCAGGGAGACCUCAAGAUGUAGGGCCUUGGGGACUGGAGAGCAGAAGAGCGCUGUGAACCUGGGAGCGUUGGGACCACUGCCCCAGAUCAGGCAGUGUCCAUCCGGAUCCUCAUCUGCUACCCCUCUGGACAUCAUCGGAGCUGAGUCUGCAGGGAGGCAGCAGAGCCCCAGUGACCCAAGCAGGGGGUCCAGCUCGUGGAGAUGCCAGCAGCUCGUCGGUUCCCUGGCCUAGAGCUCUCCUUCCCUCUCCUGGCCAGACUACGGCGACGACUAUACACAAGGCUAGGGAGCAGCGGCAUGCAGCCAGAGGAGGGCACAGGUUGGCUGCUGGAGCUGCUGUCUGAGGUGCAGCUGCAACAGUAUUUCCUGAGGCUUCGCGAUGAUCUCAACGUCACCCGCCUGUCCCACUUUGAGUAUGUCAAGAAUGAGGACCUGGAGAAGAUUGGCAUGGGCCGGCCUGGCCAGCGGCGACUGUGGGAGGCUGUGAAGAGGAGGAAGGCCAUGUGCAAACGCAAGUCCUGGAUGAGCAAGGUGUUCAGUGGAAAGCGACUGGAGGCUGAGUUUCCCCCUCAUCACUCUCAGAGCACCUUCCGGAAGACCUCGCCCACGCCGGGGGGCCCAGGGGAGGGGCCUCUGCAGAGCCUCACCUGCCUCAUUGGGGAGAAGGACCUGCAUCUCUUCGAGAAGCUGGGAGAUGGCUCCUUUGGUGUGGUGCGCAGGGGCGAGUGGGAUGCCCCCUCGGGGAAGACAGUGAAUGUGGCUGUGAAGUGCCUGAAGCCCGAUGUGCUAAGCCAGCCAGAGGCCAUGGAUGACUUCAUUCGGGAGGUCAAUGCCAUGCAUUCGCUUGACCACCGAAACCUCAUUCGCCUGUACGGUGUGGUGCUCACGCCGCCCAUGAAGAUGGUGACAGAGCUGGCGCUUCUGGGAUCGCUGUUGGACCGGCUGCGCAAGCAUCAGGGCCACUUCCUCCUGGGCACUCUGAGCCGCUAUGCCGUGCAGGUAGCUGAGGGGAUGGGCUACCUGGAGUCCAAGCGCUUUAUUCACCGUGACCUGGCUGCCCGAAAUCUGCUAUUGGCCACCCGCGACCUGGUGAAGAUUGGGGACUUCGGGCUGAUGCGGGCACUGCCCCAGAAUGAUGAUCACUAUGUCAUGCAGGAGCAUCGCAAGGUGCCCUUUGCCUGGUGUGCCCCUGAGAGCCUGAAGACGCGCACCUUCUCCCAUGCUAGCGACACCUGGAUGUUUGGGGUGACGCUGUGGGAGAUGUUCACGUAUGGUCAGGAGCCCUGGAUUGGCCUCAAUGGCAGCCAGAUCCUGCAUAAGAUUGACAAAGAGGGGGAACGUCUCCCGCGGCCAGAAGACUGCCCUCAGGACAUCUACAAUGUCAUGGUUCAGUGCUGGGCUCAUAAGCCAGAAGACAGACCCACCUUUGUGGCCCUGAGGGAUUUCCUGCUGGAGGCCCAGCCCACUGACAUGCGCGCCCUUCAGGACUUUGAGGAACCAGACAAGCUGCACAUCCAGAUGAAUGAUGUCAUCACUGUCAUCGAGGGGAGAGCUGAGAAUUACUGGUGGCGUGGGCAGAACACACGGACGCUGUGUGUGGGGCCUUUCCCUCGCAACGUGGUGACCUCCGUGGCCGGCCUGUCGGCCCAGGAUAUCAGCCAGCCUCUGCAGAAUAGCUUCAUCCACACAGGGCAUGGCGACAGUGACCCCCGCCACUGCUGGGGCUUCCCCGACAAGAUUGACGAACUCUAUCUGGGAAACCCAAUGGACCCUCCUGACCUUAUAAGUGUGGAACUGAGCAUCUCCCAACCCGCCCAGCAUCUGGGAAGGGUAAAAAGGGAGCCUCCACCUCGCCCACCUCAGCCUGCCUUCUUCGCUCAGAGUAAGUGGGGCUGCUCUGGAUGCCUUGGCCCCUGCCCCCUCUCUCCUCGCAUCCCUCUCCUCCUGGAAGAACCAACCUAUGAUCCUGUGAGUGAGGACCAAGACCCUCUGUCCAGUGACUUCAAGAGGCUGGGCCUCCGGAAGCCAGGCCUGCCCCGCGGGCUGUGGCUCGCGAAGCCCUCAGCUCGGGUGCCAGGCACCAAGGCAGGCCGUGGGGGCGGGGGCGAGGUCACGCUCAUCGACUUCGGUGAGGAGCUCGUGGUUCCGGCUCCACGGCCCUGUGCACCCUCCCUGGCGCAGCUGGCCAUGGACGCCUGCUCCUUGCUGGACAAGACCCCGCCGCAGAGCCCCACACGGGCACUGCCCCGGCCUCUCCACCCCACGCCUGUGGUGGACUGGGAUGCACGCCCGCUGCCCCCACCUCCCUCCUACGAUGAUGUGGCCCAGGAUGAGGAUGACUUUGAGGUCUGCUCCAUCAACAGCACCCUGGUGGGUGCAGGAGUCUCUGCUGGGCCCAGCCAGGGCGAGACCAAUUACGCCUUUGUGCCUGAGCAGGCACAGCUUCUCCCUGCACUAGAGGACAACUUGUUCCUCCGGCCCCAGGGUGCGAGCAAGACGCCCACUUCUGCCCAGACUGCCGAGAUCUUCCAGGCGCUGCAGCAGGAGUGCAUGCGGCAGCUGCAUGCCCCAGCUGGCUCACUGGGCCCCCCACCCAGCCCGCUGGGUGAUGACAAGCCCCAGGUGCCCCCUCGGGUACCCAUUCCCCCGAGGCCCACACGCCCUCGGGGAGAGCUGUCUCCAGCCCCCUCAGCUGAGGAGGAGGUGGGGCGAUGGCCUGGACCUGCCUCCCCUCCGCAGGUGCCCCCCAGGGAACCCCUGUCCCCUCAAGGCUCGAGGACCCCCAGCCCUUUGGUGCCACUGAGCAGCUCCCCACUGUCACUCCGGCUCUCAAGCUCACCUGGGAAGACCAUGCCCACCACCCAGAGCUUUGCCUCAGACCCCAAGUAUGCCACACCCCAGGUGAUCCAGGCUCCUGGCCCCCGGCCCAGCCCCUGUAUCCUGCCCAUUGUCCGUGAUGGGAAGAAGGUCAGCAGCACCCACUACUACCUGCUGCCUGAGCGCCCGUCCUACCUGGAGCGCUACCAGCGCUUCCUGCGUGAGACCCAGAGCCCCGAGGAGCCUGCCCCCCCACCCGGGCCCCUGCUGCUGCCCCCACCCAGCACCCCAGCCCCUGCUGCCCCUACAGCCACUGUUCGGCCGAUGCCCCAGGCUUCCCCUGACCCCAAGGCCAACUUCACAAACAGCAACCCAGGGGCCCAGCCACCAGCCCUGAGGGCCACUGCUCGGCUGCCACAGAGGGGCUGCCCUGGGGACGGGCCAGAGGCUGUGCGGCCAGCAGACAAGAUCCAGAUGCUGCAGGCUAUGGUGCAUGGGGUGACCACAGAGGAGUGCCAGGCGGCCCUGCAGAGCCACAGCUGGAGCAUGCAGAGGGCUGCCCAGUAUCUGAAGGUAGAGCAGCUCUUUGGGUUGGGUCUGCGGCCACGAAGCGAGUGCCACAAAGUGCUGGAGAUGUUUGACUGGAACCUGGAGCAAGCUGGCUGCCACCUCCUGGGCUCCUGCGGCCCCACCCACCACAAGCGCUGAGAUGUCUGGAGAGCCAGAGGGUCUGCCCUGAAGGAAUCACUUUGAGCCUGUCCAUCUGACAAGGGUGGGAGAUGCCCUGCUCAGGCCUGGAGGACCUGCUUCCUCCACUGCUUCUAGUGGCACAGUGAAGCCAAGGCAGCAGGAGGCUUGGAGCCCUGCGUUGCCUGUCCCUCCCUCCCCCAGUGCCGUCCCUGCGAUGUCAGUUCAGCCCUCAGUGCCCCCAGCCAAGUGGGGGAAGGAGCCCCAGGAAGGCAGGCCUGCGGGUGGCCUUGGCAGCUGACCUGCCUCUGGCCCUAGUCCCUGGCUGGGCCUGUGUCUGGAGUGUGUCCCCAGGCCCUGCCAGUGGGGAAAAAGUGGGCUUGACCUGGGCAGGGAGGAUGUGUUGGCCACACAGAAAGGUGUACCAGCACCCAGCGGGCCCUUCUCAGGGCUGAGCCCUUUUCCAGGGAGCCCCUGGUGGGCAGUUGGGGUUUCAGACAGAAUGUGACUUGUCACCUCGUCAUGGACAUAUUAUGGGACUUGGCUGGUUGUAGGACCUUGUGUCUGGAAAUAGCCUGAGGUGCUCAGUAAGCAGAGCAAGGGUGCCAGAUUGUUUUCUGGUAGGGACCAGAGCCCAAAGCCCCUGGGUUAGAAGGAGACCAAGGGGGCAGCUGGCCGGGAGGGACACUCUGACCUAGCUCCUCCCCUGUGCUGUCCGUGUUUUCCCACCAGCCUUUGUCACCAAAGUUGCUGCCCCAGCUAUGGAUACCUGCUUCCAGAGAAAUAAAGUUAGUUUCUAUUUUAUGUUA